AUGGACCACAGAUCAGAAAAUCAGAAGAUCGAUAUGAUGGCAAAGGCCGAGCGUCUUGAAGUUGAGUUAGGCCGAGUUCCCACUGUCGUUGAUGAGUAUCAUGCUCUGGACCCGGACGAUGCAGCAGCUGUUGAGCGGUCAUUGCUACGAAAGAUCGAUCUCAGAAUCUUGCCACUUGUGGUAAUAAUCUACAUCUUCAAUUACCUGGACCGCAACUCGAUCACACAGGCCCGCCUCUACGGUCUGCAGAAGGAUACAGAUGUCAAGGGUGCUGUCUAUCAGACUGCAAUCAGUAUCUUCAGCGCUGGGUACAUUGCCAUGCAACUGCCCUCGACACUGUUGAUGACUAAACUGCGGCCAUCCCUGUUCCUGCCUAUAUGUAUCAUUGCAUGGGCCGUUGUUUCUGGCUGCACAGCAGCGACGAAUUCGGCAGCUGGUCUUCUAACAGUGCGCUUCUUUCUGGGCAUAAUCGAAGCACCCUUCUUCCCAGGUGCCAUGUACUUUUUGUCUUGUUGGUACACACCGAGAGAACUAGGUGUGCGCAUGGCCCUUCUCAUUUGCGGACUGCUGCUAUCGAACUCUUUCGCUGGUCUCAUUUCUGCCGGCAUACUAUCCGGCAUGGCCGGCGUUGGUCAUCUUCAUGCCUGGCGAUGGCUCUUCAUCCUGGAGGGCACCGCGACUGUGCUGCUGGGCUUGGUGGCGAUGUUGAUCUUGCCUGACUACCCAGGAACCACCAAGUGGCUCAGUGAUAAGGAGAAGAUUGUUGCACAAGCCCGUCUGUCCAAGGCUGCCGGCACAACCGAAGCACUGGGCGACAUGGAGACACCAUUCCUAAAGGCAGUCGUGUGGGCGGCCAAGGACUACCGAGUCUGGAUCUUCGCCUGCCUACAAAUGGCUACGUCUGCCUGCAUCUCAUAUUCGCACUUCUUCCCUACUCUGAUCCAAGGCCUGGGAUUCAAGGACAACAAGACAGUUCUGCUGCUGACUUCGCCUCCUUAUCUCUUCGCCUUCUGCUGGGCCAUCAGCUUCGCCUUCCACGCCGAUCGCGUGCAGAAACGCUCCCCUCAUGCCGGGAUCUCCUACCUCAUGACAAUUUGCGCGACAAUUGUCAUGAUCGCUCUUCCGUUCCGUUACCAGUGGGUCCGCUACGCACUUACUUUCCCGAUCACUGCUGGUGUUUUCGGAGUCUACAGCACCAUCUACGCGUGGCUAUCCUCGACCACCACGGUUCCACCCGUCAAGCGCGCCGCCGCUAUGGGUAUCGCAAACUCUAUGUCGAACUUGGCAGCGCUCUACGCCAAUUACUUCUGGCUAGAUGAAUAUGGCCCGACAUACAAGGUAUCGUGGGGCAUUCUUCUUGCCUUCCAAGGAUUGGGUUUGACAUGUGUGGUCGCAUUGAGGCUUCUCCUGAAGCGGUCUAACACAAAGUUCGAUGAGCUAGCUGCACGAGUCGGUGGGGAGGACAAUAUGGAGUUUGCCAGACUUGAUGCGGAGCAGCAAAAUGCCGUCGCGAGAGGAUUCCGCUACAUCACCUAG